AUGAAGAGCAGCUCUAGUCUUACGAUUGUCCUAGGUUGGCUCCUUGUGGCUUUGGCCCAGGGCCACACCAUCAUCAGCUAUCCAGGAUGGAGAGGCAACACCUUCGUCACGAAUGAGACAUAUCCCUUUGGGAUGCAGUGGACUUACCCAUGCGGCGGGCUCGGUGUGACACAGAAUCGAACUUACUGGCCCAUCGAUGGCGGCGCCAUUGCUGUACAACCAGGCUGGAACUCAGGCCACAAGACGGCGCUGAUGUACAUCAACCUUGGUCUCGGCGAGGAGCCCAAAAGCUACACAACAGUGAUGGUCCCCAGAUUCCUCCUGACGGGGCCGACGAACAAGCAGUACGAGGGCACAUUCUGUCUCCCAAAGGUCCCCAUCCCGGAGGGCGUAACCCUGAAUGAGGGCGACAUGGCGUCGAUCCAGGUCGUCCAGGCUGCACAGCAUGGUGCUACCCUCUUCAGUUGUGUCGACGUUAUUUUCACUAGAGACCAGUCCAAGGUUGCGGAGGUGACUGGUGACAACUGUUUCAACUCCACCGACCUUAAGAUUGAAGCCGCCACUCUGGAGACGAACUCUUCGCCAAUCACCAAGCCUUCUACGAUAACGACUGCGCCCCCAUCUCCGACGAGUGUUGCAUCGCGUACAAUGAUUGGGGUAUCGUGGCUGGUGAGCUUACUUCUAGUCAUGUAA